UGCGUUCCGAAAGCCACCGAGAAGGCACUUCGGUAUCUCUGUCCGCGAGCAUUAGUUACGAUCGAGCGAAUUUUUAUUAUAACUCGCGAACGACGUUCGUCCACCGGUGAGAAACGCGCGAUCGCUGUAAGGGCUUCAAAUGCGACCUGAGCGUUUAAAAUAGUCGCCCGUGCGAAGCGUGCGCGUGCCCCGCGCGUGACUGUCAAGCUCCCCUUUACGCCGAGGCUUUAACCUAACAUUGGAAUGAUUUAUGAGCUUUGGUGCUCGGAGACCCGCGGUGCGUGCUGAGGUAAAUUGUUGCGCUCAUUCCCCCCCGUCGUCGACCGGCGGCUUAUCCUCGAUUGAAAUCCGCAGCCCGCGAAAAUGUUGGGGUCAUGAGAAUUGCCGCGUCUCCCCCAGUGGUGUUCAUCUCGUCUCUAUGGCUAAGGGAAAAAUAAGAGGUUCCGACUCCAACAAUAAGAUAACAGCGUCGAAUGCGGCAUUCAAAAAUGGAGAGACGUAUACGUCGGAAUUUGAGAUCAACGAGACGCCACCCAGCGCCAGAACCCUGCUCACCAAGGGCUACACGCAGGAUGAAAUCAAUUCGUUUUCAGGAGCAACUGUGUCGACGCGCGGACGUUUUAUGACGGAGCAAGAGAAGCUGCGCUGUCCAAAUGAGAGGCCGUUGUAUCUUUACAUACAGGGACACACGAAACACAACGUCGAUUUGGCCAUACAAAAGAUCAAUGAAAUUAUUAAGACGGAACAUCAGAGUUCUCUGAACAGGCCGAGCAGGUUUACGAAUGCUCCGCCGCCUCUUAUGAGUUUGCAUUCUGGAGUAACGACUGUGGAGAAGAUUUGCGUUGGUAUCGAGAAUGCGCCACAAGGCUUCGAUUUGCGCGGGCGAAUACUAGGCGUUGGCGAUGCGAAUUUAUUUUAUAUCAGAGGCGAAACCGGGGCGAAUGUCACCCUGCGAGGCAGAGGAUCUCAGUUUAUCGAUCAGAUUUUGAUGGCGGAAUCUCCAGAACCACUUCAUUUGUACAUAGAGCAUCCGAAGCCAGAGGCGCUGCAAAAUGCAAAGCAACUGGCUAUAAACUUAAUUCAAACGAUCCAGUCCGAGUUACAGACCUACAUUCAGCAGCAGCCACCACCAGUACAACCUCAGCAAGUUAUAGAGCAAUCGCAAAUACCGCAGACUCAAUUUCAAACCAUGAAUAUCGGUAGCUUGGGCCAACCAAACGUAGUCGCGAUACAGCAUCAAGAUAUUAUACAGCAUCCGCAAAGUAACGUCGUGACGUUGCCCGCAACAAUUCUUACGGCUACCGUAGCUGGUACCCCAGGACCUGGUGUGUCAGUUCCUCCUCCAGGAGUACAUAUACCGUCUCAUACUGGACCAUUAGUUCCACCGCCACAAGCUCAGGAAAUACAAACUUUUAUGCCACCACCGCCUGUUGGACAAGUACAAUUAAUCGGUCCUCCGUCAACGGUUAGCCAAGUUCAAUAUCAGAUACAUCCUGGCCAGCCGUUACAAAUCCAGGGAAUUCAACCGGGAUCGCAGUCCUCGCCGCAGCCCGUAGCGCAAAUGUACGUCAUGAGUCAACCGCCGCCGCAGAAUCCCGCGCAGCAGAGCUUCAUAACGAGCAGCAACGCGCCGGUGAGCGGGGCGGUGUCGUAUGUAUAUACGCAGCCGAACGUGCAGAGGCCCGCUACGCCGUCCCAAGGGAUUAUCGAAACCGUUAAUGUCAAUUUGCAACAACCCCCUCCGGCGGCGCCGCUCAAUAUAACGCAGCAGCCGCCGCCGCCGUUGUUGCACCUGCAUUUUCCGCCGCCGAACUUCCCACCGAAUCAGCCGCCUCCUCCCGUCCCGCAGACCUAUCAGAUACAGUAUCAACAGGUGCAAGCAUCCGCGUCCCAGCCGCAGACGCAGUUCGUCUUGCAGCCCGGCGAGCAUAUCGUUCCACCUCAGUUGCAGCAGAAUCACGAACAGUCUCAAGCUGUCGCUCAGCACAUAAUACCUCCGCAAUUCGACGGUCACGCACCGCCGUUCCAUUUGCAAGUACCUCCGCCACCGUCCGCGCAGACUUUCCUGGUACCUAACGCUCAGUCCCCUCAACAUCAUCCGCAACCGCCGCUACCUCCCGGCGGUGAGAUGCAGCAUCAGCAGGAGGGCCCGGUGGAGCAGGGGCCGCUGCCGCAGCCGGUGCCCCCUCCGCAAAUAGUGCCGCCGCCGUCAAUCGGCCAGAUGCCGAAUUCCAUGAAUAUUCUUACCAGCGUGCCACCUCCGAGCCAACCGCCUCCACCGCAAAAUGCCCCGUGGCUGUACCAGGCUCAGCAGCCACAGCAGAUGCCGCAACCGCAAGGGCAAUUGCAGAUGCAGAUGCCGCCGCAGAAUAUGCCUCUUCAUAACGUACCCCCACCGCAAGUUCAAGCUCAAAUACAGUAUCACCCUCAACACAUACAAUAUCAAAACGGUCAUAUACCGACGCAGGUGCAUUACACGAUGCACCCGCCGCAUCAGCAAUUCGAGCAGAAACCCGAUUCGCCGGAGCAGCAAAAGCCGCACGGAGUAAAGAGGAGGUUUUCGGACGUUGAGGGAGGUCAGGAACCAUCACCGCCGCCACCACCGUACCAAUGUGCUCCGUUACCUGCGCAACGGCACGGCACAGGAGAAGGUGAUCGACAACAGCAAGUCUUACAUGGUCUUACACCAUCACCCACACCAGCCGGUCUGCCACAUGGAGAUCGAAACAAGAUGCUAAUGCCACCUCCACAUCCAGGUGAGAAACGGAACUUGGACCAGAAGCCCGCAGGACUAUCUUCAGGAAAUGAUCAAAACGUAAUUGCGGAAUCUGGAAAUAUUCAUGUCGGCAACGGUCCACCUCUACCGCCUCCACUUUCGCCUCAGGCGCCGUGGCAGAAUCAUCACGUGAGGGUUCCUUGGGGUAGACCACCGCCGAUUCCAAGGGAAGGGGAACCCCCCUCCGUUUGUCCUGGAUUACCUCCUAUUAACAUGCCUCCACCUCAGAUUAGGCCACGAGGUCCCGCUGACGGUAACCGCUCCCCCACUCAGAAUGCUGUGUUAGAGCAGCCGUUGAACAUCGAGUACAAUCAAAUGCCGCCCUACACGACGAAACCGCCACCUUACAAUGCACAUCCAUUGAUGCAGUCAAUCUGCAAUCCGCCGCCACCGCCGCCGCCGCAUCACCAACAACCGCGGCCGCAGCAUCCUCCGCAAACGGUGCAGCACUACCAGGUGCCAAUCUCUCAGACAUAUCAGCCACCGACGUCCUGUCCGCCGUGGAUGAACUGAAAGUAGUAAAACCACACGGGCGGCGUUUCUCGUUCUGUUUAUUGUAUCUUGACGAUUUGACGAAAGUGACGCUAUUUCAAUUGGUGACAUGAUAACAGAGCGACGAUAACGGCAAGGAUCUGAUUGCAAAUGAAUAGUUGGAACUGCAUUGUGUUAUUUGCACUCAAUUGUGUGUUCCUUAGAACAGUUCUUAUAAUUUAAUGAUCUAUCUCGAGGAGGGAGAAUACUGAACAGUGUGUAAAAAUUUGUAAAAAUGUUAAAGAUUAUUUAUACUGUAUAAUUUUAAUUGUGUACACUAAGAGAGCUAAUGAGCGAAUGACAAAGAAAGGAUAAAGGGAGGCAUGGGGAGAGAGAGUGUGUACGUGUGUGUGUGUGUGUGUAUGCGCUAGUGAGAGAAAAAGAGAGAAUGUGAAUAACGCCGUGUUGGCGCGAUAGUUACUUAUUAAUUGUAGAGCUUAUUUUGAGGAAAUGUGUUUGUAAAGCAUAUAUUCCUGGAAGGCAGAAUAAUAGUGUUAUUAUUUCGAUUAAACAGUUCUACCAUCGCACGCUCGAGGAUCACUCGUCUCGCAUACUCUCAUGCGAGUGAUAAAAUCCAUGUUGCAUAUUUCCUCUCGAUGAAACUGUACCAUCUCUCCAUUUACUUCUCGGUAGAUACGUAACAUGUAUAACAAUGUAUGCAGUUUUUUAUGCAAAGCCAAUAAUAAAUCGUUAUUGCCAAUUGA